CGUGAAGCUACGAUUUGUAGACUCGUGUAAGUUUUUAAGCGCCAGCCUCGCGAAAUUCGUGUCGUAUCUGGACAAGAACGAACUGCGAAUAACGCAGUCAGCGUUCUCGAGUCUCGACGACGACGAUUUCGAAUUGCUCACGCGCAAGGGUGUGUUCCCGUACGAGUAUGUCGAUAGCGUCGAUCGGUUACACGAGACAGAGUUACCGCCCCGCGAGGCCUUUUACAGUUCGUUGGCUGGCGAGAGCGUCAGCGUUACCGACUACGAGCACGCGGUCACUGUGUGGCAACGUUUCCGCAUCGGUAAUCUCGGCGAGUAUAGUGAUUUAUAUUUGAAAACGGACGUUCUAUUGUUGGCGGAUGUGCUUGAGAAUUUUCGCGACAACUGCAUGCGCAGUUACGAUUUGGAUCCCGCUCAUUAUUACACGUUACCGGGGUACACGUGGGACGCGAUGCUAAAAUACACACGUGUGCGAUUCGAACUGCUGACCGACGUCGAUAUGCUCCUCUUUGUGGAACGCGGUGUACGCGGUGGUUUGAGUCAGUGCUCCCACAGAUACGCGCGAGCUAACAAUAAAUAUCUUGCGUCGCACGAUCCGUUACAAGCGUCGACGUAUCUCAUGUACUACGACGUAAAUAAUCUGUACGGAUGGGCUAUGUGUGAAUCAUUGCCGUACGCGCGGUUUCAAUGGGUCGAUGACGCCAACGCGGAAAGUCUAGACGUAAUGGCUGUGACCGCAGAUUCCGAUAUCGGUUACAUUCUUGAGGUGGACCUUGCGUAUCCGCGCGAACUUCACGACGUCCACGCGGAUCUUCCGUUCUGCCCGUUGCGCGCCCCACCUCCCGGCAAAGUCACCGAGAAGCUUUUAGCGACGCUUCACGAUAAGUCGCGCUACGUCAUACACUAUCGCAAUUUGCAGCAAUGUGUACGUCAUGGGUUGCGUAUACUGAAGAUUCAUCGCGUUUUACGAUUCGCGCAAUCGCCGUGGCUGCGCGGAUACAUCGAACUGAAUACAAUGUUUAGAACCCGUGCGAACAACGAAUUCGAGAGAAAUAUGUACAAGCUUAUGAACAACGCGGUGUACGGGAAGACCAUGAAAAACGUGCGCGAGCACGUUGACGUGCGUCUUGUGACGCGUUGGGAUGGAAGGUAUGGAGCGGAAGCGCUAAUUGCUAGGCCGAAUUUUCACAGUAGAAGCAUUUUCUCCGAGAAUCUGAUGGCCGUCGAGUUACGGAAACUCGAGGUGAUGCUCAACAAACCGAUAUACGUUGGCAUGUCCAUCCUGGAGAUAGCGAAAACGCGAUUGUACGAGUUUCACUACGAAUACAUGGUACCGUUAUAUCGCGGUGUUUGUAACAUAAUGUACACGGACACGGACAGUCUGAUCUAUUUUGUUUUAUGCGACGACAUUUACGAGGAUAUGAAACGCUCCAUCGAAAGAUUCGACACGAGCGACUACGCCGAGAACAACGCGUACGGUAUGCCGCGCGCGAACAAGAGCGUUCCGGGUCUGAUGAAGGAUGAGAAUCGUGGUGCGAUUAUGGUAGAAUUCGUAGGGUUGAGAGCCAAGAUGUAUGCCACGAGGGUGCUCGGACAGAGCGACACGAAAAAGGUGAAGGGUAUAAAGAGAAACGUAGUCGAGAGAACGAUAACGUUCGACGAUUUCACGCGAACGUUGCGCGAUAUGACGGAGCAAUCGAGAUCGCAAUUCUGUGUGCGUUCGCGAUUGCACGAGGUGUAUACCGUGUCCGAAACGAAACUCGCUCUCAGUCCUCACGACGACAAGCGAUACGUCGUGUCCGAAUCGUGCAACACGUUGCCGUGGGGACAUUACAUGGUGCCGCAACAAGAAUAAUACU